GUUGCGGGCCGGGGUGAACUGCCAGCUGGGUGAACGUCAUGAGGAGCGUCGGCCCCACCCCCCCCCCUUGUAUCUCCACGCUCAAUAACUGGAUGGAGGUUUCACUCGGAUGCGCUCGUCUGAUCGGCGGAGGUGGACUAAAAAGACACGAGAGGAACCGAGGAAACACAAACGAAACAACACCGGAUGUAAUCAUCGGCGCAGCAGAAUGACAAGUGGAACAAGUAGUGCAACAAAGGAGACUUCUGGUUGCAAUUCGCCUCCGCGGACUAAACUAACCAGCAGCUCAACCGGCUAACGCUAGCCGAGUUAACGCUAGCUGCAUCGCCGGUAUAACUAACGACUCGGUGAGGUGGCUCCUCCGUGUUCACAGAUUCGAGCGUCGUCGCCCGCCUGCCAGUGAGAGGAUCCCCGUGACAUUCUCUCGCCAUGGCAGCGGUGCUUAGCUACUCUCCGCCGUGGUGGGUGAAUAUUCUGCACAGGCUUCCCCAUUUCAACUUAAAGUUCGAGCAAACGAGCAGUGACUUCCGACCGGACAACUGGCCCUAUCAACAGUCCAUCCUUUUGCUGGGAGCUGUGGCGCUGGCCUGCCUGGCCCUGGACCUCGUGUUCCUGCUCUUCUACUCCAUUUGUCUCUGCUGCCGGCGGAGAAAAAGUGAGGAUCGGCCCAACGCCGACUGCUGCUGCACCGCGUGGUGCGUCAUCAUCGCAACACUCGUCUGCAGCGCUGGCAUUGCCGUCGGUUUCUAUGGCAACGGCGAGACUUGUGAUGGAGUGAACCGGCUGACGUACUCCUUGCGCCAUGCUAACCGCACGAUCACCGGAGUGGAGAAGCUGGUGUACGACAGCACGUCCUCAUUGAACCAGACGGUAGAAACCAAUCUGCAGCAGCUUGAGGGCCAGUAUGCGGAGCACGCCGACUACCUGUCCAUCAUCCAAAAGCUGCAGGCCCAGCUGGACGAGCUGGUCAGGCAGAUGGUGGAGAUCCCCUUCUGGAGGAGAGCCGACAUCUCCCUGGAGGAGCUGGCCGGCACCAUCGAGCUGUACGACUGGUACAGGUGGCUGGGCUACGUGGGCCUGCUCCUGUUCGACGCGCUCAUCUGCCUCCUGGUGCUGUUCGGCCUCAUUCGCAACUCCAAGGCCACGCUCGUAGGGGUGUGCUUGUUUGGCGUGGUCGCUCUGGUGAUCAGCUGGCUCUCCCUGGGGUUGGAGGUGGCCAUGUCAGCGACCUCCAGUGACUUCUGUGUUUCUCCCGACACGUACGUCACCGAGAUGGCCGACCAGUACGCCGCCAUCGAUCAAGAGAUCCUGCAGCACUACCUCAGCUGCAGUUUGGAGCGAACAAACCCCUUCCAGCAGAAACUGUCUGGGAGCCACAAAGCGUUGGUGGAGAUGCAGGACGACGUGUCGGAGCUCCUGCGCUCCGCCACCAGAGAGUACAAACAAACUCAGGGAAGUUUAGAAGAGAUCCAGGGGAUCCUGAACACCACAGAGAUCAGUCUUCAUCAGCUCACCGCCCUGGUGGACUGUCGCAGCCUGCACAUGGACUUUGUCCAGGCCAUGACGGGGCUGUGUUACGACGGACUGGAGGGCCUCAUCUACCUCGUGCUCUUCUCCUUCAUCACUGCGCUCAUGUUCAGCUCCAUUGUUUGCGGCGUGCCUCACACCUGGCAGAGGAAGAGGAACGAGGAGGACAGCGAGGACGAGUCUCUGAGCCACGGGGGGAGACAAAACCACGACAACCUGUACCGGGUCCACAUGCCCAGCCUGUACAGCUGCGGCAGCAGCUACGGCAGCGAGACCUCCAUCCCCGCCGCCGCCCACACCGUCAGCAACGCACCCGUCACCGAGUACUUGGCUCAGAACGCCAACUUCCAGAACUCUCGCUGUGAGAACACGCCUCUGAUUGGACGAGAGUCUCCUCCGCCCUCGUACACCUCCAGCAUGCGAGUGAAGUACCUGGCCAACAGCCGGCCGGACCCCAACCCCCCCCCUGCAGCCCAGCCCAGCCCCGCGGACCCCUCCCCCCCACAGCACUGACGUCUCCCAGGUCACCUCACUCAAAAUCCUUAAAAUGUGUGUGGGUUUUUUUUUUUUUUUUUUUUUAGCUGGUUACCCGAAGCAAACCGCGAUGAUUCUCACACUCCGCUGUUCUCGUACUCCUCUUUUUUUUUUCCCCCACAAUCCUCGGCGGGUGUUUACUAUUCCUCUGGCAGCCCCGAACCGACCCGUUUACACUCAGCUGGUCGUUUCGUUUACGCUCGAACGCAACGUGACACCCGGCCCGCUGGCCGCAGGUUUUCUUCUGUACCGUACCGCACCGCGAGAGAAACGCCUUGCACGCCAACGUGGGAGGAGCCCAGCGCUCUCCCGCCGGAGGCGCGGACGCCGUUUCUCGCGCGGCACACUGCUCGCCGUAGGUCACGUGCGUUUCACAGUCUGCUUGUGGAAUUUAAAAUGCAGGUUUCUUCAGUUAGUGUCUAUUUACUGUACAAUACUGUAUCUCACACACACACGCGCGUUAAAUCCAACGUCUGGGACCACGUUUCCUGCAGCAUUGCCCGUCCUGCAGGUAUAAAAUACUUUUACUUGGUACACAUUUCUUUUUUUUAAUACACAUUGUCGAGCCACUAUUCCGCAGCAGGAGACUGAAGCUGUGAACUUGAUCGUGAAAACGGACGUGCAGCUGUUCGGGGAGAAGAGUCUCGGCAGGAUGACGACUGUCAUCCCAGAAAAAGGACGGGACGUUUUUUUAUACCACUGGAAGAACUGUUUUAUUUCAUUAUUUUUGAGGACGACGGCGAAGCGCGGCGUCCACGUCUUCUGCGACAUUCCUGCAGAGCUCUCGGUGAUGCUUUCGCCUCUUCGCCAGACUGCUUGUUAUUCGCUGCGUGUUCCUGUCGAGUCGAAAAGCCUCAUCUCCCUGAACAGAACUGGGCAUUGUACACACACACACACGGACACACAGCAGCUUAGUCAGGAACGCAGGUGUCUGCAUGUGGGGAGAAACGCAGCGUCUCACAAAUGUGUUUUAGCAUUUCUAACUGGGUGGAUGAGAGCGAGCGGGUGCUGUGAGGCGAUUGUGACGACUCGGCUCUCGAUAACCCGACGAUGCUUUGAACGAGAUGUUCGUGCUCCUGGUUGCUUCUCGUAGAUGUGCGUUGUGACCUGUACAAGUGGGAGGGGGGUGCCGUGCCGUGCCGUGCCAACCAGUGAAGCACAACUCUUUUGCUCUCUGAAGCUCUUUUUAAAUGUCUUAACUUGAGGCCACUUUGUAGAGUUGGCAGCUCCCAGUUGCCUGUGUAAAGGAGGGUGAGCGUGAUUUUUUUUUUUUUUUCAAAUCAAUUAUGCUCUUUAAAACAUUAUUACAAUCGUUGUUUCUGGCUAGUUGUCAUAUUCUUUGUAACGAAAUGCGCUUGUACAGAUUUUGAACGUUCACAAAUUGAGGAGAAAAAACAGUAGUGGAAAUUUCAUUUUCCAUUUCUUAAAAAGCUUAUUCAACUCCUUUUUUUUUAGUUUCAUCAUUUCAUUUUAGAAUUUCUAGCAAGCACAAUGUGUUGCUUCAUUAAUGUGAAUAUGGUAAAAAAUAUUGCAAUUUUUCUUUUGAGUUUCUUCCUAGAAAUUAAAAUCACUAGAUGUCAUUUUCGUUUUUUUUACUUCAUGCAUCAUUUUUUUCAAUCUCUGAAAUGUGUUCAUGUAAAUCCUGUGGUUAUAUUGAGCUUGAAUGCUGUGUUUUAAAAUUAAACUAAACUCAACUGUA